CCACGUUUCAAAGGCUUUCGAUUCGGUGUGUUUAUGAUGAACGCGUUUCAUGCGUGAGGACAGCACGCAGCACGUUCCUCGAGCGAUUCAUAAAAUCAGCCCACUUGAGUGCUGGCCGGCCGCAGCAUCCGCGGCGCGAGAGGAGGAGCGGCCACCGCUUGGAGUGAUGAUGGUCGUCCGGUGGCUGUGGAUCUGCGUGCCCCGGGUGGGGAAACGAGGGGGCCGCUCCGGAUUGUUAUCGUGUCUCUGCGCGGCGACCGUGAUCGCUGCCUUUUUCGCCUUGAUGUUUGUGGACGUCCUCGAGUACUGGAUCACGUCCUUGCAAAUGGACGCCGCGCCGGUGCCCCACGCUGGCAUCUUACCCCCGCUCGUCCCUCCCACCAGACCCGAGGAGUUCCUCCUCAUGCCGAGUCCGUUGGUGUGCCAGCGUGCCAAGCCUUACCUCAUCACCAUGGUUACCUCGGCCCCUGCUCACCAUAGGGCGCGCCAGGCCAUCAGGGACACAUGGGGCGGAGAAAACAACGUGAUGGGCCUGAGGGUUAUGACCCUAUUCAUGCUCGGUGUGCCCUCUGACCCGGGACUGGCUAAGAUGCUCAUCGAGGAGGCCAGGCAGCAUGGGGACCUGGUUCAGGGGCGUUACCUGGACUCGUACUCCAACCUGACCCUGAAGACUUUAGCCCUGCAGAACUGGGUGCGCCGCUUCUGCCCCCAGGCUCACUUUGUGGCCAAAGUGGACGACGACGUCCUGUUCAAUCCCAGCGCACUCCUGCAUCUGCUGAACAGGAGCCACAGCCCGUAUGAACAAGCCGACUUGUAUCUCGGCAGAGUCCAUCUCCGCGUAGCUCCGGCCCGGAACCCUGACAGCAAGCACUACGUCCCGAAGGAAGCCUACCCGCCCUCUGUUUUUCCAGACUAUUGCAGCGGAACCGCUUAUGUUUUAUCCCGCUCGGCGCUGCUCAAAAUCUCCUUGGCUGCCUCCACGUCGCCUCUGUCCACGGUUCAACCCCCCGAAGAUGUAUUUGUGGGUGUAUGCGCCCGGGCCGCCGGCGUAAUACCCACGCACUCGCCCCUCUUCUCCGGUGGACCGGCGGUUCCGUACGGACGCUGCUGCUAUCAAGCCAUGGUUUCGGUGCACCACAUCGCGCCGCAGGAUAUGCUACGCUACUGGGCUGAUAUGCAAGCGUCGGGACCGUGCCUCUGGUUGAGCACGCGGGCGUCGCUGUUGAUGUGCAAAGUCGGAGCCUUGCUGGGCUCAGCGCUGGGCUUGGGGAAGGAGGCAUGAGUGGGACUCAAUUCUGGACUCAUAUAGUCGCAAUUUGGCAAGACUUCACACAGAAAAAGGACUUUUGUGGAGCCUUUUUGUGCAUUGGACUAUUUGCAAGAACGGGACACUUGAGGAAAUUGAGAUUUGAGCAUUAGCACAAAAUACUUGUCUUACUUGUUCGUCUACCUUUGUGAGCCAAGGCACAUAUUUUAGUUGAGGAAAUAAAUUUUUGAGCCUGUUUAGCUGUAUGAAUGUAAAGCAUAGGACACAGGUUAUUUGUAGCUUCUGCCAUUAGGUAGCCAC